GAUUGUCAGCUGUGUUUUUGCGCCCCGCACGUGUUGUACCGCAUAUAAACAAUUUUGAAAUAUGCUGCCCGACAUCGAAAUUAUUGUGGGCACGUACACAGAUUUUCUGCUCGGCUAUCAGCCCGCCGAAAAGCAGGACGACAGUGGUGAGCAAAAAGUGUAUCUGAAGCCGACAUUUGCCGACAAAUCGCACGCCGGCUCCCUCAAAUGCGUCGCUGGCCAGGGACAGUGGAUAGCAAGCGGAGGCAGCGAUGAUCGCAUCUUUAUCUAUGAUAUGCGCACACGGAAGCAAGCACACAUUGUCACCGCUCACGCGGGCACCAUCAACGCCCUGGAAUUCACACCGGACCUGACACAUCUGCUUUCGGGCAGCGCCAAUGGCCUCAUGCUGGCGACACGCGUGGGAAGCUGGACAACGGAGGGGAAUUGGAGCAAGGCGCACGCUGGCAAGGCGGUCACACAUAUUGCCUGCCAUCCCAGCAGCGGCUUGGCGCUCUCACUGGGCGCCGAUCAAGUGCUAAACACGUGGAAUCUGGUCAAGGGACGUGUGGCCUAUAGAACCAAUCUGAAGAGCAAGCGCACGCUGGGCAGCUCACCCGAAUGCCUCUCGUGGUCCACAGAUGGCCAACACUUUACACUUAGUGGGCCGCUGCUCGUGGAGAUCUGGAGCAUUGAAAAGGCGAGCGUGGUGCGCAGCACAAAGACGCCAUCGAAGCCAAUUUGUGUGGCCUGGCUGGAUGAGGAGAACGUCCUGGUGGGGUUGGAGAAUGGCAGUAUAGCCUGGAUAGCAUUGAAUGCAGAGCAAGACGCAGCUCCGAAAAUAAUUGUGGCCCAUGACACACGAGUCAAGGCGAUGGCUCAUUUGAAUGAGACGCUGGUGAGCAUCUCGAGUGCGGGCGAAAUCAAGAUGUGGAGCACUGAGAUUGAAGAGCAGCAGCUGAGCUUAAUUGCUAGCGUAAAUAUCGAGUGUCGUCCCACCUGCUUAGCUCUGCUUGAUCUCAAGCAGUUUGGCAAAAAGGUCGCAGCUGUAAAGCCACUGCAGCAAGCUAAGCAAGUCUCCGAGGAGGUUGAUGAGGAGCAGGACGAAGAAGAGGAGGAGGAUGAGGAUAUUGCUUUAAUGAAGCCGCGCAGCUUUGUGUCCAUUGAGUACGAUCAGGAUGCCAAAGCAAAGCCCAAGUCCAAAACCAAGCCCGAGAGUGAAUCAUCCAACAGCAGCAGCGAAGAUAGCGACGAUGGUGGCGCCAAGCAGAAAAAGAAGGCAGCGACACCAAAGGGCAAAGCCAACAACAGCAAAAACAAAAAUAAGCCAGACUACCAACAGUCCUCCAGCGAGAGUGAGAAUGAAAGUGACAGCGAUGACAUCGAUUUUGGCAGCAGCAGCGAGGAGGAGCAACGACGCCCCAAGAAAGCGCCCAACAAACGACAGUCGAACACCAAUCACAAGCAGCGCGCUAAGCAAACAAAAAAGAAAUAAACCAUCCUCCCACUCUGUUUAAUUCAUUUUACUAUCUUUUUGUUUGUCAAUAAAUAAGAAUUGUUUCUUUUCUAAUUAGAAA